AAAUGACAUGGUGUGCGGAGAAUGGCUCCCGAUAGAUGUGGUGGAGGUCGGUCAGGUGAUGACGCCUGGCCAGAGCGCUGGAUCCAGCAUCAGAUCUAUCUACGGGAUAGAAUCAGUGGAAGCUGACGAUGACCACCAGACUGGACCGGCUGUUCGUGCUGCUGGAGAGCGGCUCGUCGGCCCUCACGCGCAAGGCGGCUGCCCAGCAGCUGGGCGACGUCCAGAGGAUGCACCCCCAUGAGCUGUACAAUCUGCUGGACAGGGUGCAUCAGUACCUGCAGAGCAGCUCGUGGGACUGCCGGAUCGCCGCCGGCCAGGCGGUCGAGGCCAUCGUCAGCAGCGUGCCGCAGUGGCGGCCCGAGCCCGUAGCCGGCUGCGCAGAGGCGGCCGCGUGCCCGGCGGAACGCGUGCCGCACGUGCAGCUCAGCCUGGACACGUUCCGCGUGGAUGAGGUGCUGGAGACGGGCCCCAUCCUCACCUCGCUGGAGGCCUGCGACAUGGAGCAGGCCGACGGACCGGACGUCUCCUCCCAGCGGCUGCUGCUCAACAAGCGACUGGGUCUGGACGUGGCCGAGAAGCUCGGCCUCGACACGUCCUCCAUCUUCUCCAACGAGGACUUGGCGACCACGCCGCAGCAGGUGGAGCUGUCCUCGUGCUCGUCCCGCAAGGCGAGCCGCCGCGGCCGGAGGGAGGGGCGGCGUCGGUGCAGUCCCAGUAGCGUCCCGUCGCCCGGGUCCGGGGAGCCGGCCGCGAAGCUGGCCCGCAACGACUCGCCGGUGCCACCCAGGCGUCAGCUGUCCUCCUACAUCAGCGUCGAGCGGUGGGACGAGAGUGACGAGUGGCCGCUGGAGUGCUGGUGUGAUCUGCUCUGCGACGACCUGAUGUCGCCGCAGUGGAGACGACAGUGUGCGGAGUAG